GGAAAAGAGAUUCUCAUUUGUCGUUGGCUUAUUGCACCAAUCUUAAAAACUCGAAGAGAAAUAGAGAAAACACAUUGAACCUACGCAGUCGCAGAGAUGGGGGUGACGAAGGAGCAAGUUGAGUCAACCCUAAAUUCCAAGCUCAGUCCUUCUCAUCUUGAUGUCAUCGACACAUCUGGGGGAUGCGGUGCAAGUUUCACAGUUGAGAUUGUAUCUGAAAAAUUUGAAGGGAAAAGAUUGUUGGAGAGGCAUCGAAUGGUAAAUGCUGCAUUGUCGGAAGAGAUGAAUCAAAUUCAUGCUCUUUCCAUAUCGAAAGCUGCGACUCCGGAGCAAUGGAAACAGCAACAAGAGUCGCAAAAAUCUGAAGCAGCAUCUUAAAAUAAGAUGAGGAUGGAAAAAACUCGGGAUAGUUUGGAUCAUAUGUACCUCCAAAACAUAUAAUUUUAUUGUCUAUCGUAUUCCAACUUAUCGAAAACUAUGUUAGUAAGAUUGUUACAUUACAUCGUUUGUUAUGAAUAAGUUUCUAUCAUUUGAACCUACAAAUUUGAAGGACU